AUGGGAUAUUCCUCCCAUAAAGGAAAAUGGUAUUUCGAUAAAGAAGAUUUCAAAUAUACACCAUCUGUAAAUGACGGCUGGAGUUUAGAAAAAGAACAAAUAGAUAGAGGUAAAGGCGUUAAUUUCAUUAUACAAGUAGGCUCUAAAUUAAAACUACCUCAACUUACACUUUCUACAGCAGCAGUUUUUCUUCAUCGUUUUUAUAUGCGUUUUUCACUAGCUAAAUAUCACUAUUAUGAAAUUGCUGCAACAUGCAUUCUUUUAGCUACAAAAGUAGAAGAAUCAUGCAGGAAAUUAAGGAAUAUAAUUAUUGCAUGCGCAAAAGUUGGACAAAAAAAUCCAGAUCUUAUAAUUGAUGAGCAGUCUAAAGAAUAUUGGAGAUGGAGAGAUGUGAUUAUAUAUAAUGAAGAAAUACUAUUGGAAGCUUUAUGUUUCGAUUUAACAAUUGAUCAUCCUUAUAAAGAUCUUUUAAAAUAUAUAAAACAUUUUGGUAGUAAACAAGAUACAGCGAAAUCUGCAUGGGCUUUUGUAAAUGAUAGCAUUAGAACUACUAUUCCAAUAAUCUAUAAACCUCAUACUAUUGCAGCAGCAGCAUUUUAUUUUGGAACUAAACAUACAUCAACAGUAAUUAAUUCAAUAGGAGAUAGAUCAUGGUGGGAAGUUAUAGAUAAAAACAAUUUUAUGAAAUAUACUAAACUUUAUAAAGAUGUAUGUAGAAUUAUGACUAAUCUAUAUGAAUCUAUUCCAAUGCAAGGAUUAUAUCCAACUUUACAAUCAGAUAUUACGAAAAUACCAUUACAAAAUAACUUUCCUAAGACUUCUGAUCAAACAAAAGAAUUAUAUCAUGAUCAAAGUAAAGGAAUUAAACGAAAAAACGAAGAUUCUUUUAUUUUGAAUACAUCUAAAGAUCAAGAUAAUGUUGUAUCUAAAAAAAAAAUUAGAUGA